AUGCUCCUAUCACCUACACCUUCAUUUGAUUCCGACAGUGCUCCCAUUGUUCAAGAGUUAACAGAUGUCAACUCAGCCCAAGCUAACUAUGCAGAGACAUCAUUCAGUAAAGAAGAAGGGGAAUUCACCCCAGUUCUGUCCAAAAAAGCUAAGAAGCAGCUUAAAUAUGUUGACAAAGCUGAGAAGUCAAAAGGGAAACUUCAAGUGAAAGUGCAUGUGCGUGCCCUAGUUCAAAAGGGGGCAAAGCACCUACCUGUCUAUGCACAAACUACCAUAGCUGGCAGAAGAUUAUUGUGGCAAGAUUUAAGGCUAAUAGCAGCAACUCUGGUUCAUGGCCCUUGGUUGGUUUUUGGUGACUUCAAUUGUGUAAUUGGUGCGCAUGAAAAGCGUGGGGGGAUUCCUCCAAGUCUCACUUCUUGCCUCAACUUUCAAGAUAUAUGUUCGGAUUAUGCUUUGAUGGAUAUCCCUACACGAGGUCUCUCCUACACUUGGACAGAUAGAAGAAUUUAUGUGAGGUUGGACAGAGCUUUGGGUAAUGUUGAAUGGUUGGAAGCUUGGGAAUCCUUGGAAUAUCGUGCGCUGGCCAAAGCCUUCUCUGAUCAUUGUCCGUUAUUGGUUACUUGCUCUGACUUACCUUUACUCCGAAGUCUCCUUUCAACUUUAGAAGCAUGUGGCUGCAGCAUGAAAGAGCAAACCAAGAUUGGUCUUGAAGAAAUACAACAACUCAUUUCUGUCAAAGGACCUUCGGUGGAGAGAUUGAGUCAAGAAUCAGCAGCCCAUGCACGAUAUCAGGAGGCUCUUAAUAUUCAAGCUAUCUUCUGGAAGGAAAAGUCAAGACUACGCUGGUUAGUUGAUGGUGAUCGUAACACAGCCUUUCUGCACAACAUGGUCAAGGUAAGAAGGCUUAAACAAUCUAUUUCCUCUUUGCGUGUUGGUCGUCAAAUUCUUCGGCAACAAUUAGACAUUGAGAAUCAUGCAGUGCAACAUUUUUCUUCCACCUUUUCUCAUGACAACAAAAUCAUUGACACGGGGCUGGUAGAACGUGUAAUUCCAAGGAUGGUAACAGAUGAAGAGAAUGCAGCGUUAUUAGCGUUGCCUUUAGGGGAGGAAAUAAAAGCAACAGUUUUCUCAAUGGAUGGUUCAAGUGCCCCAGGGCCGGAUGGUUUUAGUGGUGCAUUCUACCAGUCUUGCUGGGAUGUGGUCUCUUCUGACGUGAUAUCCAUGGUUAAAACCUAUCUAUCGGUGCUAAUAAAUGGUCAAUCUGGGGGUUUUUUCACCUGUUCGAGGGGUGUCCGACAGGGUGAUCAGCUGUCCCCUCUUCUUUUUGGCUUGGCUGAAGAGGUGUUGAGUAGGGGGAUUACAAGGUUGGCUGUUGAAGGAAAAUUGACUACAAUCGCAGCCCCACGUUCAGUCAAGCCUCCCACUCAUGUACUUUUUGCGGAUGAUGUAAUGGUUUUCUUGCAAGGAAACUCUAGGAGUAUUCGAGCUUUAAUGAAGUUCAUGGUGGAAUAUGCUCGCAAUUCAGGUCAUGUGGUUAACAAAGCAAAGUCUUCUGUUUACUUGGGGAAAUUUUCGAGACCUAGAGAAAUAGUUAUUCAACACCUUCUUGGCAUAAGGGAGGGGAAGUUGCCUUUCACUUAUCUCAGGGUGCCAAUAUUUCAAGGGAGACCAAAGCAGCGACACUUGCAACAUAUUGUUGACAAAAUUCGAUGCAAACUCACUUCAUGGAAAGGUGGUCUUGGUGUGAAAAAUAUAUUCUCUCUAAAUCAGGCCUUGCUUUUGAAGAGGUGUUGGGAGGUGGCAGAGGGCUCUUCUACGUCUACCAUUUUCCUUAAAGAUAGAUUCCUAAAGGCAGGUCUACAUCCCAAGCUUUCUUCCCUGAAAUCUUCUAUUUGGUUGGGUCUCAAGAAGCAAUGGAAUGUUAUUUUGCAAAAGGCGAGAUGGUUGAUUGGCAAUGGGUUGAAAGUGAAUUUUUGGACAGACAAUUGGAUGGGCAGGCCUCUCAUUGACUUCUGUUACAUUGAUGCCUCCCUACGGUCAUCACUUAGGGAAAAGGUUAGCGAUUUCAUUGUGGAUCAUCAAUGGGUUAUACCUCAAGUUUUCACACAAUUAUUUCCGUUAAUGGCACACCGAAUUAGAGACAUCAGCUUACCUUUUGAGCCACUUGAGGAUCAAUUAGUUUGGCUGGAGGUCUCUUCAGGUAAGUUGACUGCAAGGGAUGCUUAUGAGGCUAUUAGACUACACCACCCGCUCCCAGAGUAG